AUGACAAAGCACUGGCCGGAGCAGAGCCUCUUGGCACCACCCGCUCUGUCCCACAUCGGAGAACUCCACGACCAUCAACUUGACUUCCACAGAAAUGCGCAGCAGAGUUUUCCUACCAGCGGUGUAACGCGGAACUCUCCAGCCCAACAUUGGUCUCACCAUCCGGCUCAGAUGGUUCCCCAGCACCCGCCGCGCUCGGAGAAGCCCGCAGCGCGCCCCGAACAUCUCACCAGUGCCACAGCCUUUAUGGAUAAAACAAUAUCACCGGGCUCAUCAUACCCGAAUGCUCCAGAUGCCCACUUCAAGCAGGAAACUAUUGCCCGGGACUCUUGGAACACCGAAAGGAAGAAGAGUAGGAGCAGCGAUGGGAAGAAAAAGAAUUAUCAGCGGUAUCCAAAACCACCGUACUCAUAUCUUGCUAUGAUCGCUAUGGUCAUCCAAAGGUCUCCAGAGAAGAAACUGACAUUAUCUGAGAUCCUCAAGGAGAUCAGUACCCUCUUCCCAUUUUUCAAAGGAAACUACAAGGGCUGGCGGGAUUCCGUGCGACACAACCUCUCCUCUUAUGACUGCUUUGUUAAGGUGUUGAAGGACCCAGGUAAGCCUCAGGGCAAAGGUAACUUCUGGGCAGUGGAGCUGAGCCGUGUUCCUCUGGAGCUCCUUAAGAGGCAGAACACGGCUGUGUCGCGCCAGGACGAGACAAUCUUUGCCCAGGAUCUGGCCCCCUACAUCCUACAGGGACACAAGCCAGAAUCUGAACCGACCUCUGACCCUGUGACCUCCCUCCCUCCCAUGCGCUCUGGAAAUCCCUCCCCACCACAGGAGGACUUGUUCCGACCUAAGCUGGACUCGUCCUUUGCCAUCGACUCCCUGCUACACAGCCUGCGACCCACCAGUGCCUCCGGGGAUAUGGAUGUGACUACCAGGGACUGCUGGGGUGAGGUGGUGCACCCUCGGCCCUCUCCUCCUCCACGACCACGCUACGCAUCCUCUGCCCGCAGUGCCUCUGCCAGCUCUGCCAGCCCAGCCUCCACCUCUUCCUCCUCCUCUGAUGAAGAAUGGAAAGGAGUGUCCCUGUCUGGGAAGCGUGUUCCUCCAGAUGGUGAAGCCGGGUCAGACGGAUAUGAGGACUACAGGCCACCGCUGCACAAAUCAGCCAGACGGGAGACUGUUACACCUCCAUGGGAGCUCCCUACAUCCUACGCCAAAUAUGCUCCCCCCAAUGCUGUGGCCCCACCCAGCAUGCGGUUCAACGGAGGUCCUCUAAUGCCGCUGCAUGGUGGGCUUCCCCUUUAUGGCUAUGGUAGCUCUCCUGUUGCACCUGGUCACUUCCUAGGUCAUGCAUAUUGGCCCAUCCUCCCCAGCGGGCGAGUUUCAGUCCAAGCCCCUCCCCUCAUCAUGGACCUGGACAACAUGUUGCAGUCUGUGCCUCCAAAUAAGAGUGUGUUUGAUGUCCUAGUACCAGCCAAUCAGAACCCUCACUCACAUCAUCAACCACCUAGUCAGUACACCCUGCAGAAUGGACCUUCCCUAAACAGGUACCCUCAGUACUGA